AUGUUAAUGGACGAAGUGAGAACUAGUCACUACAGAAAUGCUAUCUUAAAUAAUAGAGCAGAUUUUUAAGAUAAGAUAGUUAUGGAUGUAGGCUGUGGCUCAGGUAUUCUCUCAUUAUUUGCUGCUUAGGCUGGUGCAAGAAAAGUUUAUGCUAUUGAAGCCUCAAAUAUGGCUGAAAGUGCAAGAAAGCUUAUCGAUGCAAACGGAUUUUCAUAGAUUAUCGAAGUUAUUUAGUCAAAGAUUGAAGAUAUCACAGAAGAUAUGAUAGGUAAAGAAGUUGAUAUCAUAGUCAGUGAACCUCUAGGGACCUUUUUACUUAAUGAGAGAAUGCUUGAAACUUAUGUUAUUGCUAGAGAAAAGUUUUUGAUAGCAGGAGGCAAGAUGUUCCCUUCCACUGCUCACUUUUGCAUAAUGCCUUUCUAUGAUGAGUCAAUUCAUUUAGAGUAACAAAAUAAAUGCACAUUUUGGGACAAUAAAAAUUUUUAUGGACUUGAUCUAACAUGUUUAAAAGAAAAAGCUGUUUAGGAAAAAUUCUCUCAGCCUUUGAUCGACACUUACGACCCAAAUAAGAAGUAAAUUAAUCAUUUUAAACUAAAUAGUCUUUGCACCAACCCAGAUAGAUUAAUAUUUGACUUUGAGAGCUACUUCUUCUUCAAGCAUAGAAUGGAGAAAACAGGCCUGAUUCAUGGAUAUGCUCUCUAUUUUGAUGCAAUUUUCAAGGGAUCUUAACAAUAUGUGACUCUACAAACUGGCCCUUUCACUUAAGCUACUCAUUGGUAUCAGACUAGACUACUUUUAAGAGAACCUCUUGGUGUGAAUAAAGGAUAGUUAGUUAAUGGGUACUUAAAGAUGAGAGCAAACAAAGAACAAACAUUCGAUGUCUCAAUAAAUGUUGAAAUUCCAGUUCUUAAUUUUGAUAUGAAGGACCCUGAAUACAGAGGAGUAUAUCAAAAUUACUCUGAGUAUUAUAACUAUAACAAUCAAAGUUAGAAUCAGCAGCAAUAUUACUCAUAAAACAGUAAUCAAUAAAUACAAGGACAAAGUCAAAACAAUCAGCAGUGGAACCAGCAAUAUCAAAAUUAAUACAGUGGCUUCCCAAAUCUCUGA